AUGACUUCAACCAACAAAUAUUUAAAUAAUAAUAAUAAUAAUUUUCAAAUGACACUUCCUCAAAAUUCAAAUAACAAUAUUAAUAAUAAUAUAAUAACAUUAAAUCAUUUUAUUUUUAAAGAUUUAUCAUUAUUUUUAGCAAAUAAAUCCACAUUUAAUGAAAUUUUAGAAUAUGCAUUAUUAUCAAAAAAAUCAUUUGAAAUUUUUAGAAAUAUAUUAUCAUAUAAUGGUAAUAUUUGUAGUAUAGUAUUUCCAUUUUCUUCAUUAAAAGAUUAUGCAUUUAAUAAUUUUUACGAUUUACGGAAAAAUAAUCCAAGUACAUACAAAUUUAAAUUAAUACAAAAUAAAGAAACUCAAUAUCUUUCAUUAUCAAUUACAAAUAAACAACAACAAAAAAAGCAAAUGAAUAAAAUAAAAUCAUAUUUAAAAUUAGUUUUUCCAAAUUUAAAAAAAGUCAAUAUAGCCAAUAAAGUUAAAACCCAUUUCCAUUUGAAUAAAUUUGAUAACGAUGAUGAUGAUGAUGAUGUUGUUGGUGGAGGUGCAUUGUAUCAAGAAAAUGAAUUUGAAUUUUUCGAUGAUACAUAUAAUGGUUUUUUUUCGUAUGAAAGAGUUUCUAUAGAUUGGGAUAUUUAUAGACUACCAUAUUCAAAUAACAAUGAAAUUAAGGAAGCCGUAUCAGACCUUCGUGGAAAUAUGUUUUAUCCAUUUAGUUUUCAAGGAGUUGAAAAGUUAAGACCUAGAAAAGUCUAUUUAAGUUCCUAUCCAAAACAUUGUAUUCACUUAUACAAUGUUGAUUCAAUUUUAAAUUAUUCAACUAUCAGAUCAAUUAAAUUUCAAAAUACACCAUCAACACCAUCAUUCAUAAAGAAGGCUUUAUCUUUACCAAAUGUUAAAUCAUUAUCAUUGAAAUUAAUGAGUCAAGAUGGAAAUGAUCUUCAAGAAAUUGAUGGUGAUUUCGUUUAUAAUGUUUUCAAAGAUGCCGCUUUAGAUGAAAAUUCAACAUUAAGAAGACUACUAUUCAAAUCAAUUUAUCAAUCAUCUGAAAAAGGAAACCAUAAUGACCUGGAAAUAAAUAAAAGAAAUCUAAUGUUAUUUUUUACUUUAUUAAAAUCAAAUUGCACAUUAGAUACAUUGGGUUUAGAAUUUUUUAAUAUCAAAUAUUGUAAACAAUUAGACCCAUUAUUAGAAAUACCCAAUAUAACCACUUUAUAUAUUCAUCCUAAUAAUAUCAUACCAACAUUAGUACAUUGUUUAGAUAAUCAAAAUAUUCAACAAUUAAAAUUUCAAAUUGACGAUUUUGAUUUAGAUUUUGAUUCAGAUUUACAUAGUAAUGAAGUAUUGACAGGUUUCUUUAAAGUGAAUAACACUUUAAAUAAAAUUGUAGUUACAAAAUCAUCAUCAUCAUCAUCUGUUAAAUCAAAACAAUUUUUAAAACUAUUAAAAAAACUUAUAAAAAAUAGUAAAACAUCUUGUAAAUUAAUUAUUAAAAAAGUUGAUUUAAAAUAA